CAACAGAGGAUGUUGAUGAGAUUGAGAUUGAGCUGUAUCAGUGCAAGGAUCGUCUCCUGGCUGUGAUCAAUAAAGGUGACGUGAACCUUCGGUAUGUGGAGGGUCGUCUUGGCAUGUUGAAGGCCAUUGAGAGAGCAAAGACGUACUUCAAACAGGAACAAAGUGCAGUAGAUGCCAAGGACGCAGCGGAGAUGGCCGACAUGCAGCUGCAGAAGGUAAUCACUGCGUACGAGAAAGCACGCACCGAACAACACCUGUGCGAGAAACAGCUCGAGAAGGAGCUUGUGGGGAAUAUGGCCAAGGGCGCUAGUGGCAAGCAGAGCAAGGGAGUGAGUGUGGUGAUAGACCUACAGGUACAGGAUGCCCUCAACAACGCGGCCAUGUGUGUGCAGGAGUGUAAGAUGGAGCUGCAGCGGGUCGAUGUGGAGGUGAAACUGGCCUACAAGAAGGCAAAGAAGGAGAUCGAGCUGUGUGAAAGCAUCCGCAUUACGGACAGGGGUUCGAUUGAUAAAGCGCAGAUAUACUACGACACUCGAGAUAAAAUACUGUCGCAAAUAGAUGCUGCCCAAAGAGAAUUGGACCGAAAAGUACACGAAGAUACCCGCGCCAGGUUGAAGGUUGCGCAGUGUCUUCAAGCACUGCAAAACAUGAGCCACAAACGCCGAGAGGAUCUGAACUCCCCUACACCCACCUCUGCCGUGGAGGAGCUCGUGACGUCUGGCCUCUCCCGGAUGUCCUUCUCAUCACAACGGUGUUCACAACCCCACAACCACAGCCUGCCUACACACCACAUUCACAGUACAAUCGACAAACACUCCCCUGUUGUAGUCGGCCAUACAACACCGUACACACAUGUUGACUCUCGUACUGGUGACCGCCAGGGAAAUAUCACGACUUUGGGCCAGACUAGCACCAAUUCACCACACCAGCAAGCAGCCUAUAACCGGUCACUCAGAGAAGUGGGGGCUGAAGAAAGUGAGGAGGACAUCGAUAUUACGGACUCGCCUUCGUUGCUCGGCAGAGUUACUGCCGGCGCCACGUCGCCGUCAUUCAGUACUAAGAGCUACAGUCACUAUUCACGGCUCCAAUAAAGGCUUGUUUCUCACUCACUCACUCAAUGGGCUGUUUUGCACUUAUCUUUAUCUUCGGAGAGGAUUGGAUUGUGCUCUAAUUGUAUACGUACGAUACAGCAGGGGAUGUGGAGUGUGGCAUGCAGAGUUCAAACCUGUUGGAAUUCAGUUGUUGCUCAUCUGAAGUAGUUAUUAGUCACCUCGACGGACGGGCUCAGGCCUGCGACAGUGCGACUGCACCAGAACUCGACACAAUUAUGCGGAACAAGGAUAUUCAAAGAGUUGAGAUCAGCUGGAAACAAGGUCUGCUUUGUGGACUGUAAUUGCUAAGUCACGCACGACAGCAAAUCUCUGCGCAAUGCACUGGCGCAUUCUAUUUGACAACGCAUGCAAGGCAAAACAGUUAUAGCCCACAACUCUUACCUCCAACCCUAGACCCUAAAAGGCAAAACAGUUAUAGCCUAUAUCGCGUACCACGUUAAUGCAUCCGAUACUACAUUCCUGCACUAAACUCAGAUCUUGAUACUAAUUUCUGCUUUUAAUUCCAUAAGUAUGACCUUAAUUCAGCUGUCCAUCUGUUGAUUCGUCUUGCUUUCCUCACCUCUUGUCACUUCCCCGUCACCUGAUGUUAUUGCUCGUCGGAGUCUCCUACCUCUUCGGAUUGUUCAUCGUCAGGAGUUUCGUCAUCUGACCCUUCAUUUGAAUCUUUUGAAUCCUCAUUUGAAUCAUCGGCGUCUUCCUCUAAGUCUUCUGAGUCGUUUUCUUCAUCAUCCGAUUCCCCAUCCUGAUCGUAAAGGCUCCAGUCACAGUUGCUAUCAUCGCCCAUGAAUUGGAUGACCGAGUUGUAGUGCGCGUAGGCAGAUUGCAUACCCGUCUCGAGAUCAACGGUGUGGACAGUUAUAUGACAAGAAUCAUCUCUGCACUCCCACACCUUGGCACAUUCAAUAGGCACCUUCAUCUGAACGUUCAUCUCAGUACUAUUGCUGAUACUCUGUGAAACGUAGUGAUCGUAUACAAUAUCCUCAUACGGCGGAGCCCAGAAACGGUAGUCGAAGAUCGUGUGCUCUUCAUCGCCGUUACCGUAUGUAUUGAAGUCAGGAUGAUUCUUGUAAAAUGUGAUGAUGGUAUCCAUCCUGUGGUCUACCGGAGAGAAAAGAGGCCAUAGCUGGAUAUUGAACUGGGUGUCCUCAGAUUCAAUCGUCCUCACCUUAAUCUCUCCAAAACAAGUAGGGGGCGGGUCACUCAUGGUGUAGUUGUCCAUUGCCUCCAUAACAAAGUCAUAUUGACCCAUUGUGUUGUUAAGCGGGGACUUGUCUGCGUUGUUUAUGUAUGGGGAGAAUGUUUGAUUGGCUGUUGGUUCGUAGUUGUACGGCUUACGAUACAACAAAUCCCUAUCGGUCUGUCCCUUCUGCAUAAAUGGCACAAUCACCUCAGCAUUCUUCGUCAGCAGUUGCUCGAUGGUGAAUCGCUCAAAAACCCCCUGUCGUAGCUCGGUGAGUUUGGCCUUCAACGCAGGAUAAAACUUAUCUCUCAGUUCCGGCCAGAACAUUAUAUUCCUGAACAGAUAGUGAGAAUUGUAUAAACUAACACUCACUGAGGGUGGGCCAUUGUCCAUUACCACGUCCCAGCAAGCAUCGUAAUCCCAGGGUGUGAAGUACCACACGUCUGUACCCUCCGAACUGUAGAUGUACUGGUUCUUUCCCUGAUGAUCACUGUCACCACAGGCAAUAUUCACAGCUAACCACUGAGCCAAAUUUUCCAAAUCAAAGUGUUUGUGUAUAGCAUCAACGAAGGAUAUGUUGGUCAUUUGAUUCAAAGCCAUCAAGGUAUAGUACAGCUUGGUGUUGUUCUUGCUAUCCUUUGCCUCCAGAUGCACCUCGAACUCGGCCAUAGCCACUUCGUCAGUCUCAUCUACAAACGGAGCCAUAUUGUCGUAAACGGGUGAAAUCCAGGUGAAAUCAAAUGAAUUCAGCUUGUACAGAUGUGCAUCUUCCCGAUCUCCGUUAGAGUUUCUCGCCGCCAAACCAUGUCGGUCCAGAGCGUCCUCGUCCCAAUUCUCCAUAAGUACAUAGCGACCCUGAUUCUCAACUCUGAGAACAUUCCCGGUAUCUUGAUCAACCACAGUAACGGUUAAAUUAGCUACGGUGGUGCGCAUACCGACGAAACCAUUCAUCUUCGAAAAUUGCUCAAACAAAGUAGCUGUCAAUGCACCGUUCAUCUCCUCCCAAGGUGUUUUUACCAUAUUCAAACGUUCGAGCCCACGCCAGGUGCUUGGGAGUGUUGUUUUGCUGAAUUUGAUGUUGUAACUC